AACAAAGCCACACAAAGCCACACAGCAGGAAGCAACUGGCUGGUGAGCAUGCAAAGCUUCACUGGGGCUCCCCAGCAUUCGCAUUACUGCCUGAAUGCCCGGCAAGAAUUCAUAUAUCUUCUUCUAAGAAUCCAUCCCUGGUGCCAAAAAGGUUGGGGACCGCUGUCUAGUGGGCUGGUUAAAAACAGAAAGUCUCAGAAAGCAAGAGAAAGGUGGGAGACAAAUGUCAGGAUCAAAGAGGUGCUUAAUUUCUUCAAUGCAGAGAACAAGGGUAUGGCUCCUCCCUUCUGAAGAAAUAAAAGCAAUGAUAGCCCAGACUCCGGCAAGGCUCCACCUUUUCAAGGAAAUGAAACUCACAGCAGCCUAGUCCCAGGCAGCAGAAAAGACAGAAGCUAACAGGUUUAGGCUACCAGUUCUGCCUCCCUCCACUGGUUCUCCUGCCCCUUCCUGCCUGAACAUCAUGAAGAAACUCAGAAAAACCCAAGCCAACAAACUGGACGAGUUCAUCGAAGAUCACCUCCUGCCAAACGAGGAGUUCCGAAGGCAGGUCAAUGAAGCCAUUGACAUCAUCUGCACUUUCCUGAAGGAGAGGUGUUUCCAAUGUGCCCGUCACCGAGUUCGAGUGUCCAAAGUUGUGAAGGGCGGCUCCUCAGGCAAAGGCACGACCCUCAAGGACCUCUCAGAUGCUGACCUCGUCGUCUUCCUCACCAAUUUCACAAGUUUUCAGGAGAACUUUAAGCGCCGAGCAAGAUUCAUCCAGGAAAUUAGGAGACAGUUAGAAGCCUGUCAAGAGGAGGAAACAUUUGAAGUGGAGUUUAAGGUCCAGAAGCGGCGAAGGAGGAGGUUGCGUGCUCUCAGCUUCGUGCUCAGGUCCCCCCACUUCUGCCAAGGGGUAAAGUUUGAUGUCCUGCCCGCCUUUGAUGCCCUGGCUAAGCACUCCCAGCCACAAGGUCAGGUGACUGAAGAUUACAAACCUGACCCUCAAAUCUACGUCCAGCUCAUCCAAGAGUGCGAGAAACUGGGGAAGGAAGGCGAGUUCUCCCCCUGCUUCACAGAGCUGCAGAGAGCCUUCCUGAAGGAGCGUCCAGCCAAGCUGAAGAGCCUCAUCCGCCUGGUGAAGCACUGGUACCUGAUGUGUAAGAAGAGACAUGGGAAAAAACUACCCUCACAGUAUGCCCUGGAGCUGCUGACUGUCUAUGCCUGGGAGCAGGAAGGCUCAAAAACAAAUUUCAGCACAGCUGAAGGAUUUCGGACUGUUUUGGAGUUAGUCCUGAAGCAUCAGGACCUCUGCAUCUACUGGAAAAAGUAUUAUGACUUUGAAAACCCUACUAUUAGGCAAUACCUGAGAGGACAACUUGCAAAACGCAGGCCUGUGAUUCUGGACCCGGCUGACCCGACUGGAAAUGUGGCUGGUGAAGAGCCACAGAGGUGGCAGCUGCUGGCACAGGAGGUUAGAGUCUGGCUGAGGUACUCGUGCUGCAAGAACUUGGAUGGGACUCCAGUGAGCACCUGCCACGCUGCCUACCUGGAGCUCCCAGACAAUGACCAUGGGUGCCAGAGACACUCAGGCCGCCCCAUCCCUGAGAGUCAGGGGAAGCUCCGACAUGGGACAUUGGCGAAAGGACUCUCCACCACCUUGCUGGACCUUGUCUUGACUGCAGAGCCACUGUCCUUCCUUCUUGCCUUCUUCACCCAGAGUCAGAUUAGAUCAGGGCUGUCAGCUUUCCCAGCUUCUUUAAGAGCCCUGAUCAUUGUCUCUCACCUGGGUGUUUCCCCAAAUAACAAUCUGCCGCAUUUAAUCUCACAUUGGCAUCUGCUCCUUAGAGUGACCCAGACCCACACAAGCACCUCUGUCGCCACCCUCAAGGUAGGUGUGGGCUCUUCAGCAAAUCCUAGCUGUGAUGAUGACCCGAGGUGCCAUCCUGGUCAUCCUCAGCCAUCACCUCUUCUCAGACAAUGUCAUGGCCUAUGAGGUGGGUCCUAGACGAAGCCACCAUCUCACCCUCUCCCACCCCAUCUCAACCCUCAUUCCUGCUCCUUGGCCGGGGCUUCUGUGUUUAUCCUUUCUAUAUUUGUGUUCUCAGAUGCUUUGACAUCUGGGCCCUGCUGAUCCGGGAGAGACUGCCCUCCCGGAGUUGGCUGAUUCCUAGACACAGCCAGCAGCUCCCCUGUUGGCCUUUCCCCUGCAAACCUGUCGAGCAUUUCCUGCCCCACCGCCCAGAUGCAGAGCCAGUCUGAGCCCCAACCCACCCUGCCCCACUCAUGCUGGGACCAGGUCCCAAUGACUCAGGAAAGCCCCUCCUCUCCACAGCCCUCUUACAUUAUUCGCACUUGCCGUCCAAAGACUGCAUUCCCUGCCUCGCCUGCAUUUCCCAGAGAAAUGACCAUGAAGGUCUUGGCCUUGCGUUCCUCUAACUCGGUCUGCCUCAUGUGAGACCCUGGUGCUUCCCGUGUGGCCUGGAGACAGGACGACAGGCUGUGUCUCCUAUUGCCAGGGACCUGUGAGGACCAUACUUGGUCACUGAUUUUAACAAGAGAGUGAGAAAUAUUUUUGCUUUUUAAAAAAGAGGAAGAAUCCAAAGUAUCUCCAAAACUUGGGACCUUUUCUUUCUGUCUCAAUUCCUGUGUCUUUGUGGAGUCUCUCUGAGAAUGGGAUUUUACCCCAGAUGGGGUUUUGUUACCACUGUGUUAUCUUUAGCACAGGUGUUUCUUCAUGCCGAGAGGACACUCUGGAAUCACAUGUAAUUACCAUGGGGGAGGUCCACUUGUAUUGUUUUCUGAGAGUGUUUCAGAAUUAUACAUAAAGCUACAGUCACUAGUAGAUUAACUGAAUUGCUAAAUAGUUGCUUAAUUUAAGAGCCACACGGAUCAUAUGGUAGAUAUCAUAUCAUAUUGUUAAUUCUUGAGGAACUAUCACACUGUUUCCAUAGUAGCGACAGUGAAUUGCAUUCUCAGCAAGAGUGGUCAAGAGUUCCAGGCCCUCCACAUGCUCACCAUCACCAGUGUCCUUUAACACAUGUGAUAGCUAUGCUAACAGGUAAAAGCGAUGCCUUAUGAUUUUGAUUUCCAUUUCCCAGAUGAUUCAUAAUAUUGAGUAUGGGAAUUCCCUGGUGGUCCAGUGGUUAGGACCGGGCGCUCUCACUGUUGGGGCCAGGGUUCAGUCCCUGGCUGGGCAACCAAGAUCAGGCAAGCUACACAGUGUGGCCAAAAUAAUAAUCAUAGCGAUGAGCAUCUUUUCAUAUACCUGUUGGCCAUUUGUAAACCUUCUUUAGAAAAAUAAAAAUCCAAUCCUUAGCCCAUUAUAUAGUUAGGUUAUUUGUCCUUUAGCUAGUGAGCUGUCCAAGUGAAAGUCGCUCAGUCAUGUCUGACUCUUUGUGACCCCAGGCACUGUAUAGUCCAUGGAAUUCUCCAGGCCAGAAUACUGGAGUGUGUAGCCUUUGCCUUUUCCAGGGGAUCUUGCCAACCCAGGGACCGAACCCAGGUCUCCCGCACUGCAAGCAGGUUCUUUACCAGCUGAGCCACCUGGGAAGCCCAAGGCCCUCAUUAUUUUGUCACUAACGCCUUUUCAGAUAGUGGUUUGUAACCAUUUUCUCCAUUUCCAUUCCCUUUUCUCCCUUCAUUUUAUACCUGUUUUUCAUUUUUAUUUUAUAUUGGGGUAUAGUUCAUUUACAUUGUGUGUUAGUUUGAAUGUACAGCAAAGUGAUUCAGCUCUACGUAUAUCUAUUCUUUUUCAUCAGUUACCUUUUCACUUCCUUGUGUUUUUUUUCAUUUGCUGGGCAGAAGCUUUUUAGUUGGAUUAGUUCCCUUUUGUCUAUUUUUGUUCUAUUGUCAGUGUUUUGUUUACACAUUCAAUUACACUUUGGCAAAGUUGUCAAGAAUAUACAAUGAGGAAAGGACAGUGUCUUCAAUAAAUCAAGCUGGGAACAUUGGAUAUCCACAUGCAAAAGGAUAAAAUCACACCUUUUCUUCCAGCAUGCACAAAUAUCAACUCAGAAGAGAUAAAGGCCUAAACAUAAGAGCUGAAACUGUAAAACUCCUAGAAGAAAACACAGGGAGAAAGCUUCAUGACAUAGAUUUGGCAAUGAUUUUAUGAAUAUCAUAUCAAAACACAGACAAAUGGGGGUGAGUUGGUGGUGCAUACUAGUUCUGCUAUGUGGAUGCCAAAUAUUCCAGCAGCAUUUGCUGAAGGGACCGUCCUUCCCCACUGUUCUGCAGAACCACCUCAGACAUAUGUCCAGAGUCAUGUGUGUGAGCCUGUGUUAUCCUGUUGAUCAAUUUUUGUGUCCUUGGUUUAAUACUACCUGUACUAAUUGCUGUAGCCUGAUAUUAAUUCUCAGUGUCUUGUAGAAAACUGUGUUCUAUCCAAACUAAUGUCCUCUCUUGGCUCUUUCUAUUUCUAUGUUAAUAUUAUACUCAGUUUGUGAGUUUUCACCCAAAAUACAGGGAGGCAUUUGAUUGGAAUUCCAUAAAUUAGUUCAGGGAAAAUGACAUCCAUGUAAUACUGAGAAUUCCAGUCCACAAACUUGGAACUUCUUUCCAUUAAUUUUCUUCUUUAAUUGCUCUGUAACCACAUUUUAUAGUUUUCCCCUGCAUUGCUAUUACAUGUGUUUUCUCAUAUUAUUCCUAGAUAUCCAUAUUUAUAUUAGUGUACUUAGCAAGCUUUCUUUAAUUUCAUUUGUAAUGUUGAUCUCAUGACGACCUCAGGGUUUUCUGUGGAUGUGUUGGAUUAUAGUAUAAUGAGUGAGCUUUAUACUUCUCUGAAUUUUGUGGUUUUAUUGUAUUUUGCUGUAAAUCUAUAUCCUGUAUGACUGCAAGAAACAAUAAAGCGAAUUUCUUCCAAAA